GACAAGGCUGACGAGACGAGGCGUGACACAUCGGGCAUCCAGUUGGACUGCACGUUGCACACAGAGUCGGCUCCUUUCCUUUCCAGCGGCUUCACUAAGGUGUAAAUCACUGCAGAGUCCAAGCAGGGUUCGGAAGGGACGAGGACAGCCCCAGCAAACGACAGCUUGAUGAGAAGCAUCGCGUUGAUUUGUUUUUUUUCCAGCAAAGGGAUCUUGUGGCACUUAUUCAACUUAUCCAACCCAAAGCCAGUGGGAUUUACUCUCCGGGACAGAUGAUGCUACUGUUUGUUUGGGAGGGGUUAUUUUCCUGCCCAUUUGGACUUCAAACACACCCCUGCCUGCAUCAGGAAACACUCCUCUGCUUUCCCUCUGGACAUUUUCAAACUGGUUGAGAGCAGCACACUGAGUUGAUUCCCCCCGCAGGAAAUAAAACAAACUUUCCUCUGGUUGUAGCCUGCCCCAGACAGAGUGGGAGGAGAUGGAGAUGAAAGAAGAUCCUCAAUGUGUCAUGUAUGUUUCUCAGAGAGACUUGUAUCCUUAUUUCACUUCUACCCACACUGAUAAAAUGUGGGUGCAAUGUGUCAGCGGCUUAGAAUGGUUUGAAUCUGAAUGGCAGACGGAAUGAAAUGUUUCUUUUCGACUCACCUGCCAGCAUCUGUCUAAAAGGAGAGAUCUGUGGUGUCUGUCUCCCUGCCUCUCCCUCUCCUUUCUCCCUCGUCUCCUGCUCGCCGAGUUUCUCCCUCCCUCACUGCUUUUUUUCCCAGACCGACGGGGAACUUUGUGAACUCUCUGCGUCGGAGCGGGAAGGCAGAGGAAGGAGAGGGAGCAGUGGAUGGGACGCAGAGCCGCCGCAGCAGAAGGCUCCGCUGGAGACGGCGUCGGGGUCAUGACGGGGCAACGCCUCAGCCUCCUGACCCCACUGGCUCUGCUAGGACUCCUCGUGGGGCUGGCAGACCUCAGCCACGGCUUUGCCGGUGAGGAUGAGGAUUACUACAUGCAGGAGCUGCUGACACGAGAGCAGCUCAACCAGGUGCAGGUGCAGGAGAAGUCUGUGGCCUCGGCACCUGACAUGCAUGAGCAGCCCAGCCAAAACCCCAGCAAGAAAGCGCCAAAGGGGGAUGCAGGCAGCGGCAGGCAGACGGGUAAAACCACAGCAGUGAAAACAGCCAACAAAAAGGCAGAAAAGAGCAAGAAGAACGCCAUGAAAACCACAACCAGCAUCUCCGAAGGAGACCGCCAGUACAACUCAAUGAAUGAGGAAUGCCCUCCCAUGGGACUGGAGACAUUGAAGAUUGAUGACUUCCAGCUUCAUGCUUCAACUACAAAGCGCUACGGCCUUGGAGCACACAGAGGUCGUCUCAACAUUCAGGCCGGUAUUUAUGAAGACGACCUCUACGACGGGGCCUGGUGCACUGGGAUAGAUGACCCGUUGCAGUGGUUCGAGGUGGACGCCAGGAGGCUGACAAAGUUCACAGGGGUCAUCACACAAGGCAGAAGCUCCCUCUGGUCGAGCGAUUGGGUAACUUCGUACAAGGUGAUGGUGAGCAACGACAGUCACACCUGGAUAACGCUGAAGAACGGCUCAAGGGACCUGAUCUUCGUCGGCAAUAGGGAAAAGGAGAUCCCGGUGCGGAACAUCCUUCCGGAGCCGGUGGUCGGCCGGUACAUCCGAGUCAAUCCUCGAUCUUGGUUUCACAGCGGCAGCAUCUGUAUGAGGGUGGAGAUCCUUGGCUGUCCAAUGCCAGAUCCCAAUAAUUAUUACCACAGACGCAAUGAAGUCAUCACCACAGACAACCUGGACUUCAGACACCACAGCUACAAAGAAAUGAGGCAGCUUAUGAAGGCGGUCAAUGAAAUGUGCCCCAACAUCACCCGCAUCUAUAACAUAGGAAAGAGCCACAGUGGCCUCAAGCUGUAUGCCAUAGAGAUUUCUGACAACCCAGGAGAACAUGAAGUGGGUGAACCAGAGUUUCGCUACACGGCAGGUUCCCAUGGUAACGAGGUGCUGGGACGAGAGCUGCUCCUCCUGCUGAUGCAGUUCAUGUGUCUGGAGUAUCGGUCCGGCAACCAGCGGAUACGUCACCUGGUGGCAGAGACCAGAAUCCAUCUGUUGCCAUCUCUCAACCCCGACGGGUACGAGAAAGCCUUUGAAGCGGGUUCCGAGCUCAGUGGCUGGUCUCUGGGUAGAUGGAGCAAUGACGGAAUUGACAUUCACCACAACUUCCCUGAUCUGAACUCCAUCCUGUGGGAAGGCGAGGCCAAGAAGUGGAUCCCUCGCAAAAUGUUCAACCACCAUUUGCCCAUUCCAGAGUGGUACUUGUCCAAAAAUGCCUCGGUUGCCGUGGAGACACGGGCUCUGAUCGCAUGGAUGGAGAAGGUACCCUUUGUGCUGGGCGGUAACAUCCAGGGAGGGGAGCUGGUGGUGACCUUCCCGUACGACAAAACGCGCUCCCAAGGGGUGGCCAGGGAGCAGACCCCGACCCCGGAUGACCACGUCUUCCGAUGGCUGGCCUUCUCCUACGCGUCCACCCACCGCCUGAUGACGGCUGCCAACCGGAGGGUUUGCCACACGGAAGAUUUUGCCAAGGAGGACGGCACCAUCAACGGGGCGUCCUGGCACACCGCGGCCGGCAGUAUGAACGAUUUCAGCUAUCUGCACACCAACUGCUUUGAGUUUUCGAUGUACGUGGGUUGUGACAAAUUCCCGCAUGAGAGCGAACUGCCCGAGGAGUGGGAAAACAACCGCGAGUCUCUCCUUGUCUUCAUGGAGCAGGUGCAUCGUGGGAUCAAAGGUGUGGUGAGGGACCUUCAAGGUCGUGGAAUAGCUAAUGCCAUCGUCUCUGUGCAGGGCAUCGGCCAUGAUAUCCGCACAGCUUCUGAUGGUGAUUACUGGCGCUUGCUGAACCCAGGGGAGUACAGAGUAACGGCAAAGGCUGAAGGAUACAGCAUCACAAGUAAGAAGUGUGAGGUGGGCUACGAGAUGGGCGCCACCAGCUGCAACUUCAUCAUCGGACGCACUAACCUGUCACGGAUCAAAGAAAUAAUGGAAAAAUUCAACAAGCGGCCAAUCAAAUUGCCAGUCAGGCAGCUCCAAGUUCGCGGAACCAGAGAGAUGCGCCUGGGGACAUAAUGACUGUAAGAGGAAGAAUUAAAAACCAGCAUCUGCACUGAUCAAACAGAGGUCAACUCUCAGUGGGAGUGCCGUCAGUGGAAUUAGUGUGAUUGAUAAUGAGGAUUAAUUUAAACAGGAUGCUUUAUUUGUCUUUCUGUUUUUUUGUGUUUUUUUUCCACCCAGGCCUAAGCUCUCUCUAUUGUAAUGGCUCUCAUCUAAAAAGUGUUUUUAUAUGCAGUGCAUUCUGUAAAGGUUAAGUUUUUCAUCCCUUUUUUUGAUUAUAUUAAUAUAUUACACUAUUAUUGAGACAAUUAUAACUUGCAGAAUUAACUCACAUUACAAAACAGAAAGUUAACUGUCUUAACCUUUUAUUUUAACCACUGUGAGGAAUGACUACAUGUACAUACGUAUUGACUUAUGUAACACAGUUAUGCAAACCAUGACAAAAAUCUGUAUUACUUUGCAGUUGUACAAUCCUUUGCUUUUGAAAAAGAACUUCUGGACUCAGUGACCAUUUGUGUCACUCUUUGCUUGUAGCAUUUCAUUAAAUAAAGAAAAUAUGUUUGCACAAAUUGAAUUUGAUUAAU